UGCCCCGUGAUGCUGUGUUCCUUCUGCUUUGAUUGAUCAUACUCUCCGCAUGCCUGUUGAGACCAAUCGAGACGAUGCGUGAUGGGGGGAAGCUCUAGUAAGCUAUCCCAGAAGAGGCUGGCCUUGCUGACCAAGCAGCUAGGGAGCCAGAAGGAGGCCGUGCAGGAGCAAGCGGCUGUCGCUCUGGCAAAACUGGCAGCAAAGAGUGACAACAUCAGCAAAUCGUCUGUCCUUAAUGUGCCGGGAGCUGGUGGUCACGCUGGCGGAUGUACUGGGAAGCCCAAGCGAGGCCGUGCAGGAGCAUGCAUUGCGGGCUCUCGGGAGUUUGGCAAAUAAUGCUGAGGUUGCAAAGAGUAUUGGGGGUGUGCCGGGGGCGCUGGCCACGGUGGCAAAGCUGCUGCAAAGCCGGAAUGAUGCUGUGCGAGCAUCUGCAACGUGGGCUCUGGCGUGGUUGGCAAUGGAUGCUGACAAUGAGACAAGCAUCGCGACAAUGCAGGGAACUUUGUCAGCACUGGCAAAUCUGCUGGAUUCUGCUGAUACACAGUUGCAAGAGGCAGCCGCAGCGGCUCUGCAAAACCUGGCUCAGAUUGACGGGGAAGUCUAUGAGGUGCCGAGGGCGCUGACUUCGUUGGCACAGCUGCUUGAAAGCCCUAGCAAGGCCGUGCGAAAGCAGGCUGCAAAGGCUCUUUCAGAUCUGGCAGCAGACCACAAAAAAGUGACGAGGAUUGCUGCAAUGGGGCCAAGGGUAUUCGCGGCGCUCGUGAAGCUGCUGGGGAGCCCAACUGAGGGCGGGGAAGAGGAGGCCACGCAGGCUUUGGCAACUCUAGCAGCGGACGCCAAGAACAUGAAAAGCAUUGCUUCGGAGCCUGGGGCGCUGGCAAAGCUGCUGCGCAGCCCAAGUGAGGACUUGCAGAAGCAGGCAGCGGAGGCUCUGGUAAGAUUAGCAAAGUACUUCAGAAAUUUGAGGGGUAUUGCGAUUGUGCCGGGGGUGCUGGCCGGGCUCGUGGUGCAACUGGGAAGCUUGAAUAGGGGCAUGCAGCAACGGUCAGCAGAGAUUUUCAAACUGCUGGCAUGGGACGUGGAACACCAGAGAAGCAUCGGGAUGGAGCCGGGGGCGCUAGCCGCAUUGGGUAAGCUGCUGAGAAGCCCGAGCGAGGCCGUGCAGGAAGAGGCAGUGCGUGCUCUCGCAAGAUUGGCAGGAACGGCCGACAACAGGAAGAGCAUUGCGGCGUUGCCAGGGGUGCUGGUCGAUUUGCGACAGCUGCUGGGGAGCCACAGACAUCUGCAGGAGCAUGCUGCAAAAACUCUUGAACAUCUAGCUGGGGACCCUGACAAUCAGAGGAGUAUCGCGACAUUUCCGGGGGUACUGGCCGGGUUGGUGGAGCUAUUGGGUCACCCAUACGGAAUUGUGAAGAGAAAUGCUGCGGGGGCUCUUGCAAACCUGGCAGUGAAUGCUGAGAACAAAAGGAGCAUUGUGGCAGUGCCGGGGGCCCUGGCUGCGCUCCGCAACUUGCUGCGCAGCGUCCAACAGCGCGUGCCGGAGCAGGGGGCACGGGCUUUGGAGAAUGUGGCGGCGGAUGAUGACAACAAGAAGAGCAUUGCGGCGACACCCGGGUUGCUGGCAGCACUGGUGGAGUCUCUGCAGUACCACUGGUUGAACGGGUCUAAUGGGGGGGAGCAUGCCGCGACAGCUCUUGCAAGCCUGGCAGCAAGAGCCGACAUCAGAAGGACGCUUUUGGCGGAACCCCGGAUCUUGUCCAGGCUGGGACACCUGCUGGUGAGCCCGAGCCCGGAGUUGUUGCAGAAAAGGGCCGCGUUUGCCCUGAGGAAUCUGGCAGGGGUUGACGACAACAGGACCGUCGCGACGGUGCCGGGGGCGAUGGCCGCGCUAGGGAAGCUGCUGGGUAGCCCCAGCGAGGCGGUGCAGAGCCGCGCUGCGGGGACUCUGGCGAACCUGGCCAGCAAAGAAUCGAGUAGUGUUGCAGCAGUACCAGGGGUGCUGGGGUCGCUCAUGGAGCUGCUGGGAAGCCGGAGCGAGGCCGUGCAGAGUCAAGCCGCAAGGGCUCUCGGGUCCCUGGGAAAGGACGCCGGUAUCAGGGCGAGGAUCUUGGCGGAGGCGGGGACGCUGGCCGCACUGACGAGGCUUUUGGCAAGCCCAAGCGAGGAGGUCCAGAAGCAGGCUGGGAGGGCGCGGGAUACUAUAGAGCGCGCAGAUCCAGAGUGGAACCGUCACUUUAGGUAUUUUGAUAGUGAGGGCUAUCAACUUGAUUUCAAACCGACUCCUGAUGAGACAUCGGAGUCUAGCCAACAGUCGCCAUCAGGCGAAUCAGCCGUUGCAAUCCUCGAGCCCGGGGUUCCCCUGCCAGACACGAGAGUCGAAGCAGGAACCGGGGAGGGGAGCACCGAGCAGGGCAUUGAAGUUGAAAUUGAAGGCCCAACGGAGGUAACGGAAGGGGAGGCUGAUCGGGCUCCGGACAAUAUGAGCGACAGCCAAACGCCUUUCAUAAAAAACUUCGAGCCUGCCUCUCUUGCCCCGCCAAGCGACUCAGCCGGCAGCGCCUUCGAGCCAAGCGAUGCGCCUGGGCCUCCGCAAUCGCGGGCCGAGACGGAACUUCAGCAGGGGACAACGGAGGUGCUUGGAGGAAACCACGCGGUGGACCUCGAAAUGCCGAUUGAGAACAUUGCGGCGCGGAUCCACCAGCUGGAAGCGGGGCUUGGGCGGGGAGGCGCGCUGGAGCUGACGCCCAUCCAGAGCGAGUACUUGGGCCGGCUGCUGGAUCGCGAGGGGGAUGUGAAGGGCUUGGAGGAGGAAAUGGCGACCAUUGCGAAGGACCCCGGUGCGCUCCGUUACUACGGGAGCCUGCGGCGGGCGCUCAGCUGGGCGUUCCUCGGCGCCCAGGCGUCGUGCAGCAACCUGGUCGUACGGCAGCGGGACAAGGUCAACCGAGCCCUGGUCCUCACGGCAUCGGCGGUUGCGGGACUUGUGCCGGGGUACGGGCACGUGGCGUCGAAGGUGGCGGGCGCGGCAGCGGGGUUCGUGGCCGACUUUUUCGAAGGGCGGAGGGCGGAACGGAUUGCGAGGGCCGGCGGAACGGACGGAGAAGCGAUUGCGGAUGGGGUGGCGCGCUCCCUGGUCUUCCUGAGGAAGGGGGAGCUGUCCCAAACCCGCGAGGACGGGGUUCGGGAGGUCGCAUCACGCGAUUUCGGCAGGAUGACGAAGUGGAUGAAGGACCAAGACGACUUGCAGACGAUCCGCGAUGAGAAUGAUCUGACUGGCGAGGGAGUGAUCCGCAAGUUGGUAGCUGCAGCCGAGCCCACCUGGCCUGUUCCGCUCGGCAGGUUGCGCAAAGCACCUCAAACCCAUCCUCCGCCCCCACCCACCGUCUCUGUUCAAGCGGCGAUUCCGACGCCCUUGGCAGUUGCCACGAGUACGGUCACUUCCAUUAGCGUCAAAAUGGUGACUACCGAAGAGCUUCUCAGACGGCACGAGGAGUUGGAAGGGAGACUGCGCACGCGGGAUGAGGAGUUGGAGUCGGAGAGGCGGCGACACAAGGAAGAGAUUGAGUCCGUGAAGGAGCAGAUGACUAUUCUGAAAGCGAGGCAUGCGGCCUUCGCUUCCACGGUUGAUGCAGGGGAUGGGUUGGCGUUCAUGCAAGCCCGUGCGCAGCAACGGGCAGUGGUCUGCAGCUGGGACGACCUGCGAGACGGCGAGUGUUACGACAUAGAUCAGCAGGUCCAUCGCUUGAGCGGCAAGCUGGACGAUGUUGAAGGUCGUCUCAAUCGGAUCGAAAAAGAUUACAACAGGGAGACUCCGGCCAGGGCAAGAAGGAAAGGGGUGUAGAAUGUAGAGUAAGGCCAGUGCCCUCAGGUGCAAGCUUCUUAGACAAGUCCUAAUGCUUUACGACCAAUAGCUUCCUUACAGGCAAUGCGGAACUUUGUAGUCAAAUCGGUGUAGUAAAGGGUCAAGACAGGUUUCGAACGUCCUCUUUCCUAAACCCACAGUGAAUCAUGCGGUUUACCUACUGUAGAUUGCCUGGUCGGACGUUGCCAAAUGAUCGCAUCCAAAGCAAAACGACCCUAGCUGUACUCAGGUUCAAUGGCACGUCAAACUUCGCGGAUAUGAAGGUCCACAUGUUGCGCAAUCAGAGGAUGAACCA